AUGAGAAACCCUUCAUCAACAUCAACAAGCAAGAACAAGAAGAGUGGUGCUAGUAGUACUAUUGCCACCAUCACCAGCAACAACAGCAACAUUGGUAACAGCAGCAAUGAUAACAGUACCAACACCAACUCCAACAACAACACUCCAUGCUGCAGCAAGGUUGGAUUGAAGAGAGGACCAUGGACACCUGAAGAAGAUGAGGUCUUAGCCAAUUACAUCAAGAAAGAAGGAGAAGGGCGUUGGAGAACUCUCCCCAAGCGUGCUGGCCUUCUCCGGUGCGGUAAAAGCUGCCGUCUCCGCUGGAUGAACUACCUUCGCCCCUCCGUCAAACGCGGCCACAUCGCCCCUGACGAGGAAGAUCUCAUCCUCCGCCUCCACCGCCUCCUUGGCAAUCGGUGGUCUUUGAUUGCUGGGAGGAUUCCUGGACGAACAGAUAAUGAAAUAAAGAACUACUGGAAUACCCAUCUAAGUAAAAAGCUCAUUAGUCAAGGGAUUGAUCCCAGAACUCACAAGCCUCUCAACCCACCAUCCAUUAAUAUUCCUUCUUCUACUACUACUACUUUCACUAUUCAUCCACCUUCUAUACCUCCUCCUCCUCCAAUGAUUAUAGCCAGCCACAACCCUUGUCACGAUCUUGCUAUUGUUAAUCAAGGAGUUCAUGCGAUUCAUCAUUUGGGUCACCAACCUCCGGUUUCAAAUCCCUAUGAUAACAACAUUAACAAUCAUGUAGCUGCUGUGACAGAUGAUGUUUCUGCAAUGGGGUUCAUGGACAAUGAGGAUUGCAACGAUGAUAUCAACAUCAAUUAUUACUCAGACGAUGUCUUUUCCUUCCUCAACUCCUUGAUCAACGAUGAUGCUUUUACCGCGCAGCAACAGCAGCACGUGCAAACAGAGCUCCCCAGUGAGCGUUGCAUUUCACUGCCAUGUGAUGAUCGUGUGGAUGAUCCUCUGGUUUCAAUCACCACUGCUUCUGCGUCGCAGGAUUAUGAUGAUGACCUUGGUGUUCUGUGGGAAUCGCCUCUCGUACCUGCUGCUACUUUCAGCCAACACGAUAAAACCACAUCUCUUCUAACAAAUAUAGUUGGAAUGCCAUGCAGUGACAAAACCAGCGUUGAAGGGGAAAUAUACAGUUCAAUAAAGUCUAGGCGAAAUUUUUGGGGCGGGGAGCUUGCUGCUCAAAAAUGA